ACCGAAUGCUUUAUAAAAAGUCAAUUCCCAUUGUCUGUUCUUGGCAAUAAAUUAUUACACAUCCGAUCGUGAGGUAGACGACGACGACGCGACGAUGGUUGCCGGAAAAGUGAAUUCGGCGGCGACAGGUCUCCAGAGAUUGUCGGCCAACGUUAAACCGAAGUCUGACGCCUCAACGGCUCCGCCAUUGCUGAAGCAGAAAGGAUCCGGCGCCGGAUUCACGCGCUCCGGCGGCGUUUACUUCCCACGCGCCUCCGCUGAAGUCGAGGUUUCCGAGAUCGAACGUUUGGGGAAGAAGAUCGGGUGCUUGGAGGAGGAGAACGAGAGGCUUAGACGAGAGAACGAAUUGCUGCAUACGGAACUCAGAAGACAGAGCCAUACGUACGAGGAAAAAAUCAAAUGUAUGCAGGCGGAAUUUUCCGACGUCAAAAGAGCUGCUGCGGAGGCGGCGCCGUCUCCAUCGACGGCGGCGGCGCCUACCGGAAAACCCUGUAGUCGUCGGCAUGUUCCUAUGCCGCCGCCCUCCGCGCUUCUCUCGCCGUUCUCGUUGUCCUCUGUGUCUUCACCGCCCCCUCCACGUCCGCCGGCAAAACCCGCCGCCCCACCUCCUCCGCCUCCGCCGGUUACGAAAGGGAUAAACCCCUCGCCGCCGGCGAAGGUUAGUAGAGUCCCGGAAGUGGUGGAGUUUUACCACUCUGUAAUGCGGCGAGAUUCGCAUUGCCGAAAAAGCGGCGGCGGCGCCACCGCGGCUACGGCGAAGGACAUGAUCGGAGAAAUCAAGACUCGCUCUGCUCAUUUAUUAGCUAUCAAAACAGACGUAGAAACUCAGGGGGAUUUCAUUAAAUUCUUGAUUGAAGAAGUUGAAGCUGCUGCAUUUACAGAAAUUGGGGAUGUCGUGGCCUUUGUAAACUGGCUCGAUGAUGAGCUUUCCAAUCUGGUCGAUGAAAGGGCCGUCUUAAAGCACUUCGACUGGCCGGAGAAGAAGGCAGAUGCACUAAGAGAAGCUGCAUUUGGAUAUGGCGAUUUGAAGAAGCUGGAAGCUGAAAUCUCAUCAUUUCUCGACGAUCCAAGACAGCCCUGCACCCAUUCUUUCAAAAGAAUCAAGUCUUUAUUCGAGAAAUUGGAGCACAGUGUCGACAAUUUGUUGAGAAUUAGAGAAUCGGCUGUCGAGAAAUACAGAGGUUUUCAAAUUCCGGUGGACUGGAUGCUCGACACAGGAUGCAUAAGUCAGAUCAAGCUGGCAUCGAUGAAACUGGCGAUGAAGUACAUGAGGAGAGUCUCGGCAGAGCUCGAAAUUGUCGGAGACGGACCCGAAGAGCAAGAACUUAUCGUUCAAGGCAUCAAGUUUGCUUUCCGAGUACAUCAGGUGACUUGUCAAUUCCCAAAAUCUUUAAUUUCACAUCCACCACAAAUCUUGAUCAAGUCGAACCUCAUUUCCCAGUUCGCCCGCGGCUUCGAUGUCGAGACGAUGAAAGCAUUUCAAGAAUUAAGAGCAAAAGCAAGAUAA